CGUCACAUCCGGUUCUGCUGUUGCUGAUCCACGUUUGGACUGUCGUUAUAAACGAUCUGAAAAAAAUAAAUAAACCCAUGCAGGGAUAUAUCGACUGUCACUGUCAUAUAUCUGCUGAGGAUUUUGACAGCGACAUUGACGAUGUCAUUCAGGAGUCUAAAAAGGCUGGGCUUGUUGCCCUUCUUGCAGUAGCAGAGCAUGCUGGUGAAUUUGAGAAAAUUAUACAGCUCUCACAAAGGUUCCCAGGAUUCAUUAUGCCAUGUCUUGGAGUUCAUCCUGUCCAAGAUCCAGCACAACCCAGGGGUGCUUUACUUGAGGAUCUAGACGCAGCAUUACCACUGAUCCACAAAUACAAAGAGGAUAUUGUGGCUAUUGGUGAGGUCGGUCUGGAUUUCACACCACGUGUAGUCAACAAUGACGCUGGGAAAGACAGUCAGAGACAGGUGCUCAUUCGACAGGCUGAAAUCGCAAAAGAGCUGAAUCUGCCUCUGAAUGUACACUCAAGAUCCGCUGGAAGACCAACCAUCCAUCUUCUGAAGGAGUUGGGUGUAGAGAAUGCACUUCUUCAUGCAUUUGACGGAAAACCUUCGGUUGCGAUGGAAGGUGUAAAAGCUGGUUAUUUUUUCUCAAUACCUCCAUCCAUUGUCAGAAGUGAUCAGAAGCAGAAGCUGGUGAAGCAGGUUCCUCUGGAGAGCAUGUGUUUAGAGACGGAUGCUCCUGCACUCGGGCCUGAAAAACAGGUGAGGAAUGUACCAAGGAAUAUCAGCAUCAGUGCAGAAUAUAUUGCCAAAAUCAAAGGUGUUCCCUUGGAGAAGGUGAUGGAGGUCACUACCCAGAAUGCCCUGCGCCUCUUCCCCAAAUUAAAAGCAUUUAUCAAAGCCUGACAUUAAAAGGGACUUAUGCAAAGCUGCUGUUUUUAACAAACGUGUUUUGUUGUGCAACAAAUUGUGAUCAAGGAUUUCGUUAUUAGAGCAUAAAUGGACCCCAACUGGUUUUAAUUUAUUGAAUCCUGUCAAUAAAUAGUGCUCGUAAUUACAGGACAGAAUAUUCUCAAGAUAUUUUGAGAAGUGCGAAUACAAAUUUGUAGAAUGUUUUGCAGAUAAACGAAAAUGAAAUUUAAA